UCAAAAACCAAUUGGGCACACAUCACAACUCACAACGGUCAGCUCUCUGAAGCUUCUUCUUCAGAGUUCCCAGAGCAGAAUGCUCGAAACCCUUCAUCUAGUUACAGAUCCAAAUGUCAAAAUGAACAUCUCCUUACACCUCACACAAUCCUUCUUCCCCAUUCGCACCAACAGCAAUUCCCAACCACGCGCCGCCGAACCAAAAAUUCUCUGCGCCGCAAACAGAAGAAACCGAUAUGGAAUCGGAAAAUCCGGCAAGCUAAUCCUCGAUUCAGCUUUCAUCAUUGCGUCAAAGCUCAGGCUUUUACCGGAACCUUUAGAAUUGAUUCUGCGGGAAUUUGGGUCCGGAAAUGGCGGCGGGAAUUGGGUCCCGAAUCGGUUCGGGUGGGGCGGGUUCGACGGCUGGAGAAGGAGGAAAAGGAAAACGAAAUUGGGGAUCGUCGGAAUUUUGGUGAUUUUUGGUGCGGUGGGAUUGUGGUUUCUUGCGGGUAAAGAAUUGGGUUUGGAUGGGGAUGCUUUGCUCGGUGGAUUAGGGUUGCUUUUAUUUGGGUUUUCGGCGGAGGGGUGGAGAAGAGGGGUGAAAGAUUGGAUUUUAGGGUUUUGUUGCUGUGCUUUUCUGAUGGGUUUUGCUUUGAAGAAGGACGAAUUGCAGAAAUGGGGUAGGUAUUUUGGAACCCUAAUUAAGAAAGGAAGAAAAAGAAGAAGAAAAAGAAGAGCUUUUUGAGGACUAUUUUGCAAUUUUUUUCCCGGGUUUGGUGUUCAGUAUAUGCAAUCUUCAUCUCUUCUUUUCGUGUUUUUCGUUUAUAUUUCCGGCGGAAGAAUUUUGAUUUUUUUUUAAUUAUUAUGUUUGUUUAUAAAGUUUUGGUGAAGAUCAGUUUGAGCUGGUUAAUGGUUUCUUGAAUUUUGAGCAUGUAUACAAUGUGCAUUUUGUUCUUUAUUCGAGUACACUUAAGGCCUCGUUUCGUUCGUUGGUAGAUAACCGGUGAUUCUUUAAAUAACGAGGUCUUGUUUGAUGUUUGGUUAGUGUGGUGGUUGAAUCUGUAAAA